AUGGCCAUCCACACCGCCGCCGCCGACGAGGACGUCCUCCCCCCCUUCACGCCCACCAAGCCCUUCCUGCGCAGCCUCACGCUCCCCACGCCCGCCGCGCUACGCACGACCAUCGCCCACCAACUAUCCAACGUGCAGUUCCGCGCGACCCUGCUAUGCUUCGUCAUCAUUGUCACCGUCGACAUGGCCGGCUACCUCAGCUCUGCGCCGCAGGUGCGGCUCUUCGAGUCCAUCGUGUGUCUCGACUACUACCGCGAGAAUGAUCCCGGCUUGAUUGGCGGCGAUGGGGGUGUGCCGGAGGAGUUGUGUAAGGUGGAUAGUGUGCAGAGGGAGAUUGCGAUGCUGAAUGGGAUGCAGACGCUGUUUUCGAACAUUCCUGGUGUCGUCCUCGCGAUCCCCUUCGGCGUCAUGGCCGACCGCUACGGGCGGCGGCCAAUGCUCAUGCUGACCCUUCUCGGUCUAUCCCUCUCCUCCGCCUGGGUGCUUCUAAUCUGCUGGUUCUCCCUCCCGAUAAAGCUCACCUGGCUCUCCUCCCUCUUCUACACCCUCGGCGGCGGCGCCUCCGUCGGCUCCGCCCUCAUCCUCAUGAUCAUCGCCGACGUGACCCCCGCCGCCCAACGCAGCACCCUCUUCUUCCACCUCCAAGCCAGCGUGCUCCUCUCCGAACUCGUCGCCCCCCUCCUCGGCUCCCUCCUCAUGUCGCGCAACGUCUGGAUCCCCCUCCUCGCCGGCCUGGCCAUCCAGACAGUCGGAAUCCCCAUCGCCGCCCUACUACCGGAGACCAAGUCCACGCACGCCACCACCGCCGCCGAAGGCGCCGACGACGAAGAGGCCCCCCCGCCGAAGCAGAAGAAAGGCGAGAGCGACUACCGCGCGGUGCUGUCCUUCCUGCUGGCAGACCUGAACACGGCGCUGCUGGUGCUGACCUUCCUGGUCGCCACCAUCGGGCGCCAGGCCCUCGAGAUGCUGCUGCAGUACGUGUCGAAGCGGUACUCGUGGCCGCUGGCAACAGCAAACAUGCUCUUCAGCCUGCGCGCGGGGAUCAACCUGCUGCUCCUGCUCUUGCUGCUGCCCUUCCUCGGCACGGCGCUGCUCUCGCGCUUCGGAUACACCUCCGCGGCCAAGGACCUCCUCAUCGCGCGCGUCAGCAUCGCCUUGAUGGCGGCGGGCUUCGGGGUCAUCGGCGUGUCGCCGGGCGCGGCGGGGAUGGUGCUGGGGCUGGGGGUGUAUACGCUCGGCAGCGGGUUUGGCGCUGCGGCGAGGAGCUUGGUGACGGGGAUGGUGAGGAGGGAGGAGGUGGGGAGGCUGUAUACGGCCAUUGCGGUGGCGGAUAUGGUGGGGGGGCUGGUGGCGGGGCCGGCGCUGAGUUGGUGUUUUGCGGUGGGGAUGGCGUGGGGGGGGGUGCUUGUGGGGCUGCCGUUUAUCGUGGCGGCGGGCUUGUUUGUGGCGGUUGGGGGGGUGGUGAUGGGGGUGAGGAUACGGGAGGGGGAGGGGGAGGCGAGGGAGGGCUAUGUCAGGGUGGAUGGGGAGGAGGAUGGGGAGGAGGGGGGGAGGGAGUAG